GACACAACUGAAGCUCAACCAGUUCCUAUGUGUUUGGAACAACCUGAAACAUUCUCAAAUGACAAGGUCACACAAAUUGAGGUUGAAAUGGAGGAUGUGUUUGAGGAGGCGUUGAUAGAUAUUGACAACGAUGAUGCAAACAACCCGCUUGCUGGUGUUGAAUAUGUGGGAGAUUUGUAUUCCUACUACAGGAAAAUGGAGGUUUAUAGCUGUGUUUCACCAAACUAUAUGGAACAACAAUCUGAGAUCAAUGACAAUAUGAGAGGUGUACUAAUAGACUGGAUCAUUGAGGUACAUGACAAGUUUGAGCUAAAGGAAGAGACAUUAUUCCUUACUGUUAAUUUGUUAGACAAAUUUUUGGAGAAACAAGUUGUUGCGAAAAACAAGCUGCAGCUUGUUGGUCUGGUUGCCUUUCAAAUAGCAGGCAAAUACGAGGAAAUUUUACCCCCUCUUGUGCAUGAAUUGGUGAUUAUUUCAUAUGAAACCUACACAAAAAAAGACGUUCUUGAAAUGGAGAAAUUGAUGCUCAGCACACUGCAGUACAAUAUGUCAUUUCCAACUCCAUAUGUUUUUAUGAGAAGAUUUCUCAAGGCUGCUCAAGCCGAUAAGAAGCUAGAGGAAUUGUCUUUCUUCUUAAUCGAGCUUUGUCUGGUGGAAUAUGAGAUGUUGAAGCAUCCACCGUCAUUUAUGGCUGCUGCGGCAAUCUAUACAGCUCAAUGCACGCUUUAUGGCGUCAAGGAAUGGAGUAGAACCUGUAAAUGGCAUACAGGCUAUUCAGAAGAUUCACUUAUGGAAUGCGCGAAAUUGAUAGUGAGCUAUCACGAGAAGGCAAAAACAGGGGGCCUACUAAUAGGGGUGCAUAAUAAGUAUAACACAUCCAAAUUUGGAUAUGUAGCAAAAGUUGAGCCACCAUAUUUCCUGGUCCAAGACUCAUGA